AGAAAGAGCUGAGCAUAAUGGGUCGAGUGUUAGUAACUGUGAUGGCUGGAGUCUCCCUGAGUGAGAGACAGAAUGAGGUUCGUGCUAGACGACCCCAGGGACUCCUCCGUACACACAUACUCAGCGGAACUAAGCUUGAUUCUUGGGGCAAAGGAAUGCUGCAAUCAUUCUGUGAGGUGAGCUUAGGGUCACAGGCUCACCGCACUAGUAUAGCAACAUCUCCUCAUCCUAAAUGGGACUCCACCAUGCAGUUCCUGGUCAAGUCACUCUCCGAGGAUGUUCUCUGUAUCACUGUCUAUGAGAAGGGAUAUUUCAAGCCUAAUGAAUUCCUUGGACGAACAGAGAUAAAGAUCCAUCAAAUUUAUGAGGAGUCUAGAAGUGAGCCAGGAGCACAACCACAACUUCACAAGCUCAGACUUCACGAAGUCAAGUCUGGGGAAGUCAUCUUAAAAAUAUCUCUUCAGCUUUUUGAUCGGUGUAGAAUGUCCAAACAUCACAGUUAAAAAAUGACCAUCUGAAUUGCUCAUCCUUCAGGAUCCAUCUACCUCAAGGCUGUGGUAUUUUGCUGCUGUUAUCUACAUUGUUACUUUAUCAACCUCAUCCUUCUCUUCUGUUGGAGUAAAUUGGAAACAGUUCAGAUGAUUGAUUCUUAGCAUUAUCUUUUUGUUUGUAUUCAGUAUUGGCUGUACAUAUGUUAAAAGAGACAGAAGAAAGCUGUCUUGAGUACGUGAACAUGAACUCAUAUAAGGUAGAAGAUCUUGAAGAUGUUGCAGGAGUCUGGGACUGCUAAUAGGAGCAAGAAGACAAGAAUUGAGGAGUACUGCAGCAAGCCUACUGGCCCAUGCUAAGCAGGUCCUUUUUCAAGGUCUUCCAUGCCUCACCUUCACCAAUAUGUGUAUAAGACACCAUUCUCAUGCUUCAGCUUCAUAUUGUUCUAGACUAUGGAGCUAACCUCUUCUCCAUCUUAAGGCUGAUGAACUGACCACCUCAAAAACUAUUUUUCCAAGGCUGAUAGACUGAUUACAUCUUUACCUUACCACUAUUUCUCUUGCCUUAUUCUCUGCUAUAUUUAUUUGAUUAAAGAAGCCUACCACAUAGGUGAAACGUUUCAAUAAAGA